AUGAUUUCCAUGAUACUUCUGUCGAUAUUCACAUACGAAUUUCCCACACUUCUCGGUGGUAUCAUUGGAUCGGCCGUUACAGCUGUUCUAGUCACGUUCAGGAUCGGUCUUAAGGAUGUCGAUCCCGACGAUAUGGGUGAGGAGUGGCAGAUGAUUAAUAAGAAGGGUUCUCUUUAUCUUGCAUUUUUAGAAGGUAACAAGCAAAGUAUCUCUGAGACAGCUGAGUCAAAUGUGAAUUUGGCGGAAUCUAAACUCGAGAUGGAGAAUCCAGAAUAUCAACCCUCGGACAGCACCAGCAGACGACUGUCUUUCGCAUCUUUCACGUCACAUAUCUCAGCUGUCACUUCUGCGAUAACUACUGCCACCGCAGUCAAGUCUGCUUUUGCAAAGGAUGCAGAAGUUGAUGAUCAGGGAUCUGUCCUCGAGGAAUCAGAGAUAGAACGACUUACGUUCACAGAUGAUCGGGAGGAUGAUGCGCCCGUAUUCGAAUUGAAGCCCCGUGAAAGAGGGAUGAAGUACGUUUUGGCUAUGCUUGGUCGUACUUUGCCCAUCACAGGCACUGUCGCAUUGCUUAUUACCACACGGUUACCAAUGAUUCCUCUGAAAGAAUUGCUCACUGCCACUGAAACGUACGCCGGGGUUCAACUCGGUACAUUUAUGUGGUUCCAGAUCUCGCCAAAUCUGGUGAUGCUGUUCCAAAAGAUUCUCACCGAUGAUACAGUUAACUCUAAGUACGAGACCUUGUAUAUACCCGGUCUCAUUCCCUUCUUCGUCAUUUCUUGGUUGGCCUGUAUGGUGUACUGGAAAGAUAUGCGUUCCAUGAGAACCAAUCCCUUCUCUGAGAUUUUAUCGCUGGCUCGCCGUGUUACCGGAGCGGCUGUUGCACUGCUCGGUGGGUUAAUGUUGGUCGGUCUCAUCAGAAACGGAGGCUACUACUCACCAGCAUAUCUUUUGGGUUCGAUUAUAUCUGGUUGGGUCGAAGAAUUCUGGAUCAUUAUCGCCCCAUUCCUAGGAGCUCUGGGAUCGUUUUUCUCUGGUUCUACUGCCGUGUCCAAUUUAACGUUCGGCGAAGUUCAGUAUGUUGCGGCCGUCAGUGCAGGCUACAACCCCACCACAAUCCUAGCAUUGCAGGUAUUCGGAGCUUCUAUGGGUAACGCUAUCUGUAUCAACAACGUCAUUGCGGCACGAACUGUCAUGGGUGUCACAGAAAUAGGCGAGGGCAAAUUCAUUGCUAAGACCGGCCCUGUAGUGAUAAUAGGGAUUUCAUGGACUACUCUCUUCAUGUACCUGUGCUUUGUGCUGCCAGGGCAAUUCUCGAUGUUCUAA